AGUUCCUCUUUUGUGUGAGUUUGUUCUGGUGCUCUGCAGGCUGAGGGUCAGUGUGCAGUGGAGAGACUGGAUGUUCUUCUGUUCUACAGGAAGCAUAUUUCCACUGGAGAGAGACUGGAUAUUCUUCUGUUCUACAGUAAGCAUAUUUCCACUGGAGAGAGACUGGAUGUUCUUCUGUUCUACAGUAAGUAUAUUUCCACUGGAGAGAGAUUGGAUGUUCUUCUGUUCUACAUGAAAGAGCUUUUCAAAAGAAAAAUGCAAAGACACCAGUGAGCCCCAUGCUGCCGGUUGAUAACAGGACUGAAUAGGAGGUUCCCAUAAACCAUCUGCCUAUUGGAGCAUUUGGUGAGUGUGUUUCACCUCUCCAGAUCAGCUCCACCCAGUGCCUCUGCUCCUCACUAAUACUGAGACAUGAUUGGAGCAGAGAGACUCAUCCUCAUUGGCUGCCUGCUGCAAGGAGCCCUGGGCAGAGAGUGGGCAGUCUGGAUGCCUCAGAGUAUAGAAGCUCUGAGUGGAUCCUGUGUGCUGAUUCCCUGCAGAUUUGAAAUGCCAGAAUAUAACUAUGACUAUAGGUCUACCUAUGAUAACUUGCUGAAACACAAUCCAGACUCCGUUACAGGACUAUGGCGUAAAAAUAGAACAACAGUGUUUAAUUCCAGAAGCCAAUCUACAUAUCAUCUGAAAGGAAGGAUGACUGGAAAUCUUUUGCAGAAGAGCUGCACUACAGUUCUGGAGAACCUUCCUAAUUAUUAUAGUGAUCAAUAUUACUUCAGAUUAGAAACCUAUUAUUUCCAAUUGAAUUUUCAUCCAGCUGUUCAAAUUAAUAUCAAAGACUCUCCACCCAAACCCAAGUUAACCCCAGAGAAGGUGGAGGUGAUGGAGGGGACCUCUGUGAGUUUGAGCUGCUCUGCUGCAGCCCCCUGUCCCAAACUCCCCCCAAAUCUGACAUGGACCCCCAGGCUGAGUGACAGUGUGGAUCAACUGCAAGAGAAUGAGGAUAAAACCAAAUCUGUGUCUUCUGAUCUGACCUUCACUGCUUUCCACGUCCACCACGGGCAGAAGGUCACCUGCAGGGCACUUUACACACUGCGACAAGGAGGCAAUCAGAUGUCUGAGGCCAGUCUGAUUCUCACAGUGCUAUACAUGCCUCAGAUCUCUGGCUCUGGGAGCUGCAGCAGAACUGCAGCAGAGAUCAGCUGCUCCUGUGAGAGCCGUGGGAAUCCCUCUCCCAGCAUGGAGUGGCGUGUGUCUGGACUGCGGGUCACUAACUCUACUGACAGAGUCAUCAGGGAGGAGCAGCUGGGGAACACAGGCCUGAGGAGCUCCCUCACCAUGCGCCACUCACAGGGAGACACGGCCACUCUCCUCUGCCUCAGUACCAAUGCUCUCGGCACCUCCAGCCUCCAGCUAUGUGUCCCGUCUCCACAGCAACACUCAGGAGUACACCUGCAACCACUGGUAUAUGUUAUCAUUGCAGCACUGAUUUGUCUGAAUGUGCUGACUGUUGGAUUCUGUCUCCACAAAAAUAAAAGGUUGUCUAGAAGGCUGAAGGGAGGGAGGGACGGUGACACAUACGCCAGUCUGCAGCUCGCCAACAUCAGCCCUGAAUAUGACGUGCUGCAGGUUAAAAACAAACACCAGAAAGACACUGUGACUGCACAAGAAGAGGCUGAUGACUACCAGAACACUGGAGAUGGAAACUGAGGCAGACGCAGUGGCUCAUUAAAACUAUGAGCUUGUUGUGUUUCCUUAAAAGCUGGUGUCUUUAAAAGCAACCACUUUUGUAGGGUUGCAUUAAUGACUGUACGCUGUCAGUUGUCACUUACUGUAGGGUGCAAAAAUUUGGGCACCCUUGGUUUAAUUGUUUGUUCCAAUGAAUCGGUACAUGAUCAAAAGCAAACCUGAACUCUAAAUGGUACAGUGAAACAUUCUUCCUGCAAAUUGUAUUUUUAUUUUUUUAUUAUUUAAAAAUUAUAAAAAGGAAAAGGGGCCUAAAAAAGUGGUUUUCUGCCAGGAAGAAUGGAGGAAAAUUCUCAAAGCAAGAAUUGAAAAAAUGAGUUACAGCGACAGGGUUCCGAAAGUUUUGCAUUGGGACUUUUUCUUUUUUUUAAACUGUAAAGAAUUCUAAUAAAUGUGAUGUUGCUUUAAAUUUGAAGAAAUGGGGCAUGUUUAACAAAUUACAGAUCAGGCUCGCUUCUGUUUACUUAGACAUUAAUUGUAAAAGGCAUUUUGAGCAGGGGUGCCAAAAUCUUUGUUUUUCUGCAACCCCGUGAAUUUUCAAAGAGGAAACCAAGAGUUGUCCUUGGAAUGCAAUCUUGACUAAAGAAUUAAAUAAAUAAAUAAAUAAAUAAAUAAAUGUGAACGGAAAUGUGCUGUUAGAUGCGAGACAUAUAUAUAUAUAUAUAUAUAUAUAUAUAUAUAUAUAUUUUAUCUGUCUCAAUUUAAUGUGCAGACUGACUGCAUUACGGACAACUUUUUUACUACUGCAUGAAAGGGCAGUUUUUUAUGUUUCACUUCCUGUUUUAGACUACAUAAAAAAAGUGCACAGCAUUGAGGUUAGAGCAUUGAGGUUAGAAACAGGGAGAGAAAUUUUUUUUUAUUCUUUUUUCAGCGUUUCUCCAUCCUGAUACCCUUAACUUAUUUUUUUUACAGUAAACCUACAGAAAACCUACAACAGGAUAUGAUUUUGGUAUUUAGGUAUUUUCUGUGAUGCCAUGAUAAAGAAAAGACUGGAUGGGCAUUAAUAUUGGAUUUGUUUAAUUAAGUGUUCUGUAAAAUUGAGUACUGUGCCCUUUACAGAGUAGCGUCACGGAUAUGUGACAUACAGUGUCAAUGCUCAAAUAAUAAUUUCAUUAUCAUAAUAUCAUUCGGUAAAAAACGAAAUCACAGCCAUAUCGUAUCGUGAGAAAUACACUUGCAUUAUUGAGAGGAUGCAUGCGUUUCAGAACAGUACUUUUGAAUUAAAUGCUAUGCCAGCGGUAGCCUGAAAACAUAAUCAGUCAUUUGACUGAGCCAAGCGUUACACAGGUAGAAAUUGACUUACUGUAGCACAGAAGAAUAUUCAAUCUCUCUCCACUCAAGAGCACAAGCACAAACUCACAAAGAGGAAGUGCUCAUAUUUAUGUGGCGUUUUGAGGAACAUGUGUUGCUGAGUAUAGUAUUGGCUGCUAAUAUACUCAGCACAUGUGUAAUUAAUGUGAUAUUUCCACCCAUUUCUGAUAAAGCUAGUGAAAUUCAACUUCUUCUAUGUCCUGAUACAAUAAUAUUAACAAAAAUACAAAAUUCAUAUUACAAUUGUUGCUCUGAUCAUUAAACUACUUUGGCUUCAUGACACAGUAACAGAGAAUUCAAUCAGAAUAAGCCAAUCAGCAUUAAUGCCCAAACACAGUCAGCAGACUGAAAAUGAGCUACUGCAGGAAUACAUCUGUUUACAUUGUAUUUAACCAGGAUCUGGCAUGAUGUUACCCAACAAGAUGGUUCACAGUCAAGUUCCAAGCAUCAGAAAGGGAAUGUAACAGUCGUGUUACAGAAAUUACAGAGCAUAGCAGAGGUUAAAAGCUGAAGCAUAUUUUUAUCACUGAAUCAUUCAUUAGAUUAUUCAAAUCAAAUUCAAGUUUCAGUUUUUUGCAGAUUGUUCCACUCAUGAAAUGCAGAAUAACUGAAACCCAAAUUUUAGUAGAGGGAUGAGGGAUCUUAUAAAGUUGCAUUGUUAUGUAUGGAUGUGGUGUUUUAAUUUGAAGCACUUUGAAACCCAAGUUUUA